CAGUGUCCCACAAUGCCCGGAUUGGCCUCCCCCACAAAUACAACGUUAGUGAGUGUACUGAGUUUUGUAGCUAUGGCAGGACAGGAGAGAGCAGUACAUUUACUCAGGCAACUGCAAAGAGCAUCGUGCAGAUGCCCUGCACAUUCUCAUGGCUUUUCUCAAGCUCCAGAGCGUACUUCCUGUGGCAAAACAACUGACUACGCAUUUGAGAUGGCCUGUUCCAAUAUCAGAUAUGGACAAGGAGUUACAAAGGAAGUGGGCAUGGAUCUUCAGAAUCUGGGUGCCAAAAAUGUCUGUCUGAUGACUGAUAAGAACCUUGCUCGACUUCCUCCUGUGAAAGCAGUUUUCAACUCUUUAGCAAAACAUGGCGUUAACUUUAAGUUCUAUGAUAAAGUGCGUGUAGAACCUACUGACACCAGUUUUAAGGAAGCUAUAGAUUUUGCUAAGAGAGGACAGUUUGAUGCCUACGUGGCUGUAGGAGGGGGCUCUGUGAUUGACACCUGUAAAGCAGCCAACCUCUAUGCUUGCAAUCCUAAAGCAGAUUUCCUUGAUUAUGUUAACGCUCCCAUUGGGAAAGGAAAGCCGGUUACUGAUGUGCUGAAACCUUUCAUUGCAGUGCCUACCACAGCUGGUACUGGAAGUGAAACAACAGGGGUGGCAAUAUUUGACUUUGAAAGUCUGAAAGCAAAAACAGGAAUUGCCAGCAGGGCUAUCAAGCCAACACUAGGUAUGGUAGAUCCCUUGCACUCCUUGCACAUGCCACAGAGGGUCGCUGCUAACAGUGGAUUUGAUGUAUUGUGCCAUGCUUUGGAAUCCUACACUGCUCUUCCAUACAACAUGCGCAGUCCUUGUCCUCCAAACCCAAUCUACCGGCCUGCAUAUCAGGGAAGCAACCCUAUUAGCGAUGUCUGGUCCAAGCAUGCACUCAAUAUUGUGGCAAAGUAUAUGAAACGAGCUGUGAGGAAUGCUGAUGAUGUGGAGGCCAGGUCUAGCAUGCACUUGGCAAGCGUGUUUGCGGGAAUAGGAUUUGGAAACGCUGGAGUUCACCUCUGCCACGGAAUGUCAUACCCUAUAGCUGGACUUGUUAAGACCUACAGAGCUAAGGACUAUAAUGUGAAUCAUCCUUUGGUGCCUCAUGGCCUAUCAGUAGUUCUCACCUCUCCAGCAGUGUUCACUUUCACAGGAUCCAUGUGUCCUGAACGUCACCUUGAAGCAGCUGAAAUACUAGGGACCAACGUCCGCAACGCAAAGCGGGAGGAUGCUGGGCUUAUUUUGGCAGACACUCUCCGGAAAUUCUUGUUUGAUUUGAAUGUUGAUGAUGGCCUGAGCGCCGUUGGUUACACUAAAGAAGAUAUUCCUGCCUUAGUCAAAGGCACCAUACCGCAGGAAAGAGUAACCAAACUGGCACCAAGACCUCAAACAGAAGAGGACCUGUCGAGCCUGUUUGAAGCUUCUAUGAAACUUUACUAACACAGUGAAAUACAGUCUGAGAAUCACAAACAAGGAUACUCUGAACGAUUAUAUUAAGAUAUGUUGCCCUCUAAUCUGUUACAUGCAAUAUUUAAAAUGAAAAGCAGUAGAAUGUCAAAAAUCUGUGUCAGAAAUUCAGGCUUUGAUAUGAGUUAUACAGUAUGUGCAAAGUACUGUACACACUUAUACCAUUUUAUUAUUUUAAUUUAAAUUAUAAAAAAGCAACUGUAAUAAAUAUGUAUGUUAUAAAAAAUAAAAAAAAAAACCUGACUAUCCACAAUCCCAAGAAUAU